AUGGCAGAUGAAACAGCGGCAGUCGCUGGCACAGACGCUGCUCUCCCACAAGUAACCUUCAAAAAACGCUCCUCAAAAGCCAAAUCCAACUUUCGCAAAAGAGCAGCUACACCACCACCUGCAGCAGCGUCAGACUCCGACUCGGAUUUUACCUCCUCAGACGACGACCAAGGCCGAAGAAUCAAACGCCGCCGCAAAAAUGCCGUUGUCACGGCUUCCUCGGCAGCGAACAAACUGCACAACAAACUCGAUGAAGAUAAACCCGAAUACGCCGCUGCAGCGCCCUUGGUGAAAUCGAAUGAUGCCACGAAACAAACCAACUGGCAUGAUGAGACUCAAGGAAAUGGAGAUGAUCUAAGCGCGAAGAAUCUUCUGGGCAGCACACGCGCCAAACCUGGGACUGUCAUCACACCCUCGGUUGACGGGACAUACAAAGGCGCUACGAACUAUCAAUCCUUCAUCCAGAAGAAUCCCGAUAGUGCGGGAAAACAGUUCGGUCCUAUGAAAGCAGCAACGAAUAUUCGCACCGUCACAUUUACGGAUAUGGCGCCGGACGUGUGCAAGGAUUAUAAGAAAACGGGCUAUUGCGGAUUCGGCGAUUCGUGUAAAUUUGCGCAUAUGCGAGAAGAUUAUAAACAUGGUUGGCAACUUGAUAAGGACUGGGAGGUAGAAACAAAGGGGAAGAAAGUCGCUGGUCGGACGGUUGCCUCUCUUGAAAAGCGUGGCCAACAGGCCGCAGAUGAGGAGGAUGAGGAUGAAGAGAUGCUGGAGAAAAUCCCGUUUGCGUGCAUUAUUUGCGAGAAACCGUAUAAGAACCCAAUUCUGACGAAGUGCGGGCAUUACUUCUGCGAAUCCUGCGCUCUGCAGCGAUAUAGGAAAAAUCCUUCGUGCGCUGCUUGUGGUGCGGGCACGGGAGGUGUUUUUAAUACGGCGAAGAAGUUGAAUAGGUUAUUGGAGAAGAAGCGCGAAAGGGCGCAGAGGCGGCGAGAGCAAGCUAUUGAAAAUGGAGAAGAGGUUGAGGGUGAAGAGGGUACUGCAUCAUAG